AUGGGCUACCGACCAACAUCGCUGAGUUCUUAUGGGCCUCCUCAUGACGCCCGUUACUCUGCAAUUUGGGUUCAUGAGCCACUUGGCCCAGAUUUGCAGAUGAUCCAUGACGUACCCAAGCCAGUCUUCGAUUCUUGGGUCGAAAAGCUACGAAAGAGAAACUAUGUUCUCACCCAUGUUACGGCCACUGGUACUGAAGAGGAGGCUAUCUUUGCUGGUGUUAUGGAAGAAGACAGAAAGCCAAACAAAACCGUCUGGACACUUGACUGUGGUAUCAAGAACUGGAAACCGUUUGUUGAAAGGACCGAAUUAGGGUUAAAAAUGAAAACACAAGGCUUCAGUUCGUACGGCACGCCUGACAACCGAAAGUAUUGCAUUCUGCGUCACGAGAAUCGUGGAAAUGAGAAUGUCGCUCUGUACGCCGAUUCAAAAGAGGAGGACUUCCAACGGAUCUUCAGAGGAGAGAUUUCGAAGCCUUUCUGGCGUCCCAAGAAGCUCUUUAUGUCUAACGAUCUCAAGAUCGCUGGACUCUUCACUGACACGAGUGUUGGGGACUGGUACAGCGACACACACUUGAAUGAAACAGCCCUCGAGGCGACUAUCAAGGAACAGACAUCAAAGGGAUUGAUACUGACGGAUAUACAAGGCGGCGUACACGAAGGCGAGGAGUUUUACAACGUCAUCUUUCAAGAACUUCUAGAACCAAAGACUCGCCACUGGCACGUCACAGGGAAGAAACCAAAGUAUCGUCACUGGUACGCCACAUGGAAAGGAAUUAUUGAGUUCCCAAGGAAGGCUAAAUCACUGGACUCGAUCAUGGAGAAGUUCAUGAAGACAAAUGGUGUCAGACAAGCACAAGUGGCCAUAGCAUCAAGGGGCGUAAUCAAGGCCGAGCGGGCCUAUACUUGGGCCGAAGGCGACCGUGAGACUGUUGCAACUAACGAUACCUUCCUUCUUGCCAGCGUAAGCAAGAUGUUCACUGCUGCGGCUGUUGACCACCUCAUGAACAGCGGCAAACUCUCCCCUGGGACAAAGGUUUAUAAGCGACUGGGCUAUUUCGACGCAAAGGACGAGCGGGCCAAUGAUAUCACUGUCAAGCAUCUGCUCGACCAUAAGGGAGGAUAUGAUCGACGUGAAGCUGGCGAAGAUAUCUCACUAGGCUUCAACAAGGUUACCAUGUCCCUCCCCACAAAGGGAAACAGAACAGCCACUGCUCGCGAUGUCAUUGAGUAUAUGCUCGCUCAGCCUCUGCAAUUUACACCAGGCGAAAGGGAAUCAUAUUCAAACUAUGGAUUUAUGCUGCUUGGGUAUCUGGUAAGCAACGUUACAGGAAUGCCAUACAUGGAUUUCUUGGAAAAGAACAUCUUUCAAGGCUUGGAUGUAGAGCAGUACAAGACCUCGCCAUACGAACACUGGCAUGAUCGCAUUAUCCAGGAAAGCCGCCUAACUGGAUUGGAUACGCUGCGCCCGAUGUCAAAUAGGUCAGUUGCAGCAGUGUACGGGGGAUACGGUGCUAUAAUGGAAGAGUGCACGGCUGCAUUUUCUCUCAAAGCAAGUGCCAGCACCAUUGCCAAGUUUGCUGGGUCCCAUGCUGUGAGCGGAACUGGGCGCCGAAAGAAUGGUUACCGUCGAGGUAACUUCGAAGGUGCCCGCACCCAUGUCGAGAGCAAUGGGGAUUUUGACUUUGCUGUGGUGCUCAACACCAGAGACUUUGCUUUCGACCAGGAGUUCGAGGACCUGACAGAGAAUCAAAUUCGUCCGCUCCUAGAUGACAUGGUGCCCCAAUAUCCUAGCACCAAGAAUAAGAAAUGGGGGUAUUGA